UAUAUGUUUUCAGUUCCCCCUCAUCGCAUACUUUCACUCUUUCUCAUUUUUACCUCCAUUUAUCCCUGACAAUCAACACAAGACCGCGGCGCUGCUUUCAAAAUGAUUACCAAACUAGACAGUGUACUAUUACCAAAGAAAAAGUUUAUUUACCAUUAUAAGAACUUGCGCUGGGCGAAGGGUCGACACGAGACGUACCUGUGCUUUGUAAUAAAGAGACGAGUGGGGCCAGACUCUCUGUCCUUUGACUUUGGACACCUUCGUAACCGCAAUGGCUGCCACGUGGAGAUCCUGUUCCUGCGUUACCUGAGUGCGCUGUGCCCUGGUCUUUGGGGCCUAGGAGAUUCUGAGGAGAGCAAAAGACUCAGUUACUCCAUCACCUGGUUCUGCUCUUGGUCUCCUUGUGUCAACUGCUCCAUCAAACUCUCACAGUUCCUCACAAAAACUCCAAACCUGCGUCUCAGGAUCUUCGUCUCACGGCUUUACUUCUGUGACCUGGAGGAGAGUAGAGAGCGAGAAGGUCUGAGGAUGCUGAAGAGGGCUGGAGUGCAGAUAACAGUCAUGAAAUAUAAAGACUACUUUUACUGCUGGCAAACAUUUGUGGCUCGAAACCAGACGGGCUUCAAGGCCUGGGAAGGUCUUCACCAAAACUCGGUACGUCUGACCAGGAAACUGACCCGCAUCCUUCAACCGUGCGAGACUGAGGAUUUAAGAGACGCCUUCAGACUUCUUGGGCUGUUGUGACAUAAAACCAGACCACUACAAUUUCUGGAUUAUGUUUUCAGCUCAACUUAGUCCCAACUCUUCACCUGAGAAUGAGAAACCUGAGAAAAGCUAUAACAGCGAACUAAUACUAGUUAUUCAGUCCAAUUUAAGUCACUUUUGUAGCAUUAUUCAGUACAUACC